UGCGUCUUUAGGGCAGGGAAGAUGGCGGACAAGCGCAAACUCCAAGGUGAGAUUGACCGCUGCCUUAAGAAGGUGUCCGAGGGUGUGGAACAGUUUGAGGACAUCUGGCAGAAGCUCCACAACGCAGCUAAUGCAAACCAGAAAGAGAAGUACGAGGCGGAUCUCAAGAAGGAGAUUAAGAAACUACAACGGCUGAGGGACCAGAUUAAGACAUGGGUGGCAUCCAACGAGAUCAAGGACAAGAGACAGCUUAUAGACAACCGCAAGCUCAUUGAGACGCAAAUGGAACGGUUCAAGGUGGUAGAACGAGAGACCAAAACCAAAGCCUAUAGCAAGGAGGGCCUGGGCUUGGCCCAGAAGGUAGACCCUGCUCAGAAGGAAAAGGAAGAGGUUGGCCAGUGGCUUACGAACACCAUCGACACCCUAAACAUGCAGGUGGACCAGUUUGAGAGUGAGGUGGAGUCCCUGUCCGUGCAGACACGCAAGAAGAAAGGCGACAAGGAUAAGCAGGACCGGAUCGAGGGCCUGAAGCGGCACAUUGAGAAGCACCGGUACCACGUGCGCAUGCUAGAGACCAUCCUGCGCAUGUUGGACAAUGACUCCAUCCUGGUCGACGCCAUCCGCAAGAUCAAGGACGACGUGGAGUACUACGUCGACUCCUCCCAGUACCCUGACUUCGAGGAGAAUGAGUUCCUGUACGACGACCUGGACCUCGAGGACAUUCCACAGGCGCUGGUCGCCACCUCCCCCCCCAGCCACAGCCACAUGGAGGACGAGGUCUUCAACCAGUCGAGCAGCACGCCCACCUCCACCACCUCCAGCUCGCCCAUCCCUCCCAGCCCAGCCAACUGCACCACGGAAAACUCUGAGGAUGACAAGAAGAGAGGCCGAUCGACAGACAGUGAGGUCAGCCAGUCUCCAGCCAAAAACGGCUCCAAGCCUGUCCACAGCACCCAGCACCCUCAGUCCCCAGCUGUGCCACCCAGCUACCCCUCCGGCCCCCCGCCUGCCACCUCCACCCUGAGCACCACCCCUGGCAACAAUGGGGCCCCCGCCCCAGCAGCACCCCCAAGUGCCCUGGGCCCCAAGGCCAGUCCAGCUCCCAGCCACAACUCGGGCACUCCCGCCCCCUAUGCCCAGGCCGUGGCCCCGCCAGCCCCCAGUGGGCCCAGCACCGCGCAGCCCCGGCCGCCCAGCGUCCAGCCCGGUGGGGGCAGCAGCGGCAGUGGGGGCAGCGGGAGCAGCAGCGGCAGUAGUGGCAGCGGAGGUGCUGGCAAGCAGAACGGCGCCACCAGUUACAGUUCUGUGGUGGCGGACAGCCCGGCAGAGGCGGCUCUGAGCGGCAGCGGCAGCACCAGCAGCCAGGCCCUGGGCGCCCCAGCCGGCCCCCACAACCCGCCUCCCAACGCCUCAAAGGAACCCAGUGGGGCAGCUCCAGCGGGGGCUGGGGGCGUGGCCCCAGGCUCAGGGAACAGCAGUGGAGGACCCAGCCUCCUGGUGCCGCUGCCUGUGAAUCCCCCCAGCUCCCCGACACCCAGCUUUAGCGAGGCCAAGGCAACGGGGGCCCUGCUGAACGGGCCCCCGCAGUUCAGCACAGCCCCGGAGAUCAAGGCCCCCGAGCCUCUGAGUUCUCUGAAGUCCAUGGCGGAGCGGGCGGCCAUUGGCUCCACCAUCGAGGACGCUGUGCCGACGCUGCACCUGACCGAGCGAGCCCUGAAGAAGCAGUCGUGGAGGUUCCACACCAAGUACAUGAUGUGGUUCCAGAGGCACGAGGAGCCCAAGACCAUCACCGACGAGUUCGAGCAGGGCACCUACAUCUACUUCGACUACGAGAAGUGGGGCCAGCGGAAGAAGGAAGGCUUCACCUUCGAGUACCGCUACCUGGAGGACCGGGACCUCCAGUGA